ACAGACACACAGCGAUGCAGUCCCAGGGCUCUCAGUCUCAGCAGAACGUUCACAUCACGACUCUCGCUCGUGCCAAAACUGAAAUCCUGCGCGUCAUGGAGAUUCUCAUCGAGAAAAUGCCGUCUGAUGUGGUGGACCUGCUGGUGGAGGUGAUGGACAUCAUCAUGUACUGCAUUGAAGGCUCUCUGGUGAAGAAGAAAGGCCUGUCUGAGUGUUUCCCAGCCAUCUGCAGGUUUUAUAUGGUGGCGUACUGUGAUCGCAGCUAUCGUAUCGCUGUCGGCGCCCGUCAGGGUUCAGUGGCCCUUUAUGACGUUCGCACUGGAAAAUGCCAGCAUAUUCACGGACAUAAAGGACCCAUAACGGCGGUGUCCUUCGCACCGGACGGGCGUUAUCUGGCCACCUACUCCAACGCUGACAGCCACAUCUCCUUCUGGCAGAUGAACACGUCUCUGUUAGGCAGCAUCGGGAUGUUGAACUCGGCUCCUCAGCUGCGCUGCAUCAAAACCUAUCAGGUUCCUCCGGUCCAGCCGGCGUCGCCCGGAUCCCAGAACGCCCUCAAACUGGCCCGCCUCAUCUGGACCUCCAACCGCAACGUCAUCCUCAUGGCCCACGACGGCAAGGAGCACCGCUUCAUGGUCUGAGGGGUCAGGGGUCAGGUGACCUUUGACCUUCCCAGCUGAGCUGUCAACUGGUUUACACUCUUCCUUUCAUUCCUCUGUUUAUUUAAAGCAUUUGAAGUUUUGUUCUCUUUUGACUAUUUAUGAAGAUGAUAAAGGACUGCAGGUCACUAAAACGUAUUUUUGUGCUUGAAGGUCAAGCGAGGUUUUGCUCAGGCGAAGCAAAUAUGAGUUUUAUUUUAGUUUUCUCUCCGGUUGAUUCGCUGAAGCCGUUUUAUCAUUCCAGCUAUAUAAACACACAUUUGACUCGUUUGGUCUAAAGCAGAGAAAGAUCCCUCGCUGACGUUAUUUAGAAUCGCAGAAUCCUCGUUCGUGCUGAAUGACUGGAAUCAUAUCGUGAUAUCGUGUAUCAUAGGAAUGGUUUUUGUUUGCGCUCGUGCUGUAGUCGUGAACUCUUCGGUUUGCUGUUGUCUGUGUUUUUGUGAGUCGUUGGUUGGUGUGAAGUCACUGGCACUGAAAUACACGUUUAAAAGCAGUCGCGUUGGCUUUCCCACACGCCGUCUGCUGUAAUCCACUGAUAGAGGUGUAUUCUAGAGACACGGCUGUGAAAUCUGCAUCUGCAACGUCACAGAGCUUUGAGAAAUCCCUGUUAGCUGAAUUUAUUCAGGAUUUCAUCCCACGAUUAACAGCAAAAAAUUAUUUUAUAUUUGCGUAAAGAGCUAUUUUAGGAUCAUUAAGGUUUUUUUGCAUUGUGCAGUUUUUUUCAUAAAUCUAUUUUUAGGAUCCAAUUCUGAUUACUGUAAUAUAAAAAAGUAAUUCUCAUACUGUAAUAAACAUUUAAAAUAAGUCAAAUUAAUUAUAGCAAUGAGCAUUCAAAUCAGCAAAUUGUAAUAUCAUUUAAGUGUUUUCAUUUUUUUCUUAUGAAAAUAACCAUAAUCAGAAUACAAAAGCAUAAUAAUUAACUACAUUUGUGUGAAUAGGCAAUAAUUCAAUCGUAAUGAUCUUAAAUCUUAAAAUAGGCAGAAAUUUCAUUAUGCAAAUUAUAAUAUCUUUUUUUCACUGCUGGCUUAAUAUAUUCUGUAUUUCAUCCCUAAAUCAA